CCUCCUUUGUUUAACUCACAAUAUAUAUACUGUAUAUGUUAUGUAUUAUAAAUACAAGAAAUCUAUGUACUUGCAUAAAGUUGUCUUUAUUUUAGAACAGUUGUUGUAUGACUCAAUGAUUCAAUCACGGGAGGAAAGGUGGUCUCAAUCUGGGUUUUGGUGUUUUAAUUUAUAACAUGGGGUUCUUCGUCAAAAACCAAAACAAAAGGAACUCUUAAAUUUUGGGUGUUUUGUUUUUAUCUGAUGUGUUCCAUUUACUGUCCAUUUGCUCCUCCAGUAGAUCUGGUUUGCUACUUAUGUUCCAUCAGCUGGUUUAUUCAUGCUUCAGCUCCCACUCUUUAAGGUCAGAUCGUCGCAUUUUCACUCUUUCUACUUCCUCUCAUGCCAUUAAUUAUACCCUUUUCAAUUCCGAUUUUCUAGGGAAGAAUUGGGCAUCUGUUAAUUUUAGCUGCGAAGUUGCUGGGUUUUAGGAUGCUAAGUUAUCAGAAUAGUGAUAGGGUGGUUAAAGGGUUUAUUGGGGUUUGGGGUUUUGGUUUGCAUUUGCUUUUGGUGCAAAGUCAUAGAAACCCUCCCUACCAGAGGUUGUAGUCCUUUGGGGGUUCCUCAUAUAGAGAAGAGAAAUGGGUAAUGGGACUUCUCGUGUUGUUGGUUGCUUUGUGCCUUUUAAUGGAAAAAGGGGAGUUGAUUUAGAUUUUCUAGAGCCCUUGGAUGAAGGGUUAGGCCAUUCAUUUUGUUAUGUUAGGCCUCCGAUCUUUGAGUCUCCUGCCAUUACUCCAUCAAACUCUGAGAGGUUUACUAUUGAUUCAAGCACCCUUGAUUCUGAGACGUUAAGUGGGUCAUUUAGACAUGAUAUCUUGGAGGAUUCCACAGGACUACAAAGACAGAGUAGGAGUUUCCGAGAAACCACAUUUAGGACCAUCUCCGGUGCGUCUGUUAGUGCGAAUGUUUCUACAGCUAGAACUGGAAAUCAGAUUGCAAUGUUUGCUACUGAUGUCCAAGAGCCUGCUGCAUCAUUUGAGAGUACCUCCUUAUUUGCUGCAAUCCCUUUGCAGCCAGUUCGCCGUGGUUCUGGUCCUCUGAACGGGUUCCUGUCUGGACCUCUUGAGAGAGGGUUGGCUUCAGGGCCUCUAGAUAAAGGGGGUGGUUUUAUGUCUGGACCAAUUGAGAAGGGUGUGAUGUCUGGGCCACUUGAUGCUGCUGAUAAAUCCAAUUUCUCUGCUCCGCUUGCAUGUGGUCGCAGAAGACCUCAUUUCCAGCGAUUCAUGAGAAGUGUUAGUGGACCAAUGAAAAGGACCUUUUCGAAGCAUUCAAUGGGGUCUGGUUGGAUGCAAAGAAUUUUAUCGUACCCACUGACCCGAUCGGUAUGGCAUGCUAAGGAACCAAAGCUUCGAUCUGAACCCUCUUGGAAUUGUCUUGAAGCGGGGCCGCCUGAAGAGGAAUACGGAAGCAGUCGCAACUUGCAAUGGGCUCAUGGAAAGGCUGGUGAAGAUAGGGUUCAUGUUGUGCUCUCUGAAGAGCAAGGAUGGCUGUUUAUUGGCAUAUAUGAUGGUUUUAGUGGUCCUGAUGCUCCGGAUUUUCUGAUGUGUCAUCUUUAUAAAGCCAUAGACAAGGAAUUGGAAGGGUUGCUAUGGGAUUAUGAAGAUAAAUCUAGAUUUGACUCCUUAAAACCUGAAACAUCUAGGAGUAGAAAUCCUGAUGCUGAUUUAUACUGCAGCAAAGAAGAAAAGUCAAUUUCUUGUUCAGAUCAAGAAAUAUUGUCUACUGUAGGAGAAUUGCUUACUCAAGAAAAUAUUCAAGGUCAAUCGUCUAAUAAUGAAAUUGUUGAGGAAAAGGAUGAUGUAAGGGACAUGGAACAGGAUUUAUCUAAGCAUAGAAAGUCCACUUUAGGGGCUGAAUCUGAAUCUGUUCCACGUGUAAACUUAGCUGGUCAAGGCAGGAAAAGCAUGCGGCUAUAUGAGUUACUUCAGAUGGAGCCAUGGGAUGGUCAAGGUUCUCUGUUAAUCUCACAAAUGGAUAGACAAGUAAAAGGUUUAUGCGAUUGUCAACCGCUUUAUGAUAAUUUAGGAUGCAUCAACUCAUCAAAUUCGAAAGAUGAUAGGUCUAACAUACAAGGCGAUUAUCCAACUACUUCAAGAGAAGAUAUUGGGAAUUUUGAUAAUCCUGGUGCUGCAACUGCUGCUUCCAUGUCAGGGCAAAGGCAGAAUACAAGAAAGUCUCUGUUUGGUUCAAAGGUGCAAAAAUUAUAUCGGAAGCAUAAGUCAUUACAAAAGAAACUUUUUCCUUGGAGUUAUGAUUGGGACAGAGAAGACAUUUGUGUGGAUGAGAAAAUAGUUGAAUCUUCAGGACCUAUUAGAAGGUGCAAAUCUGGAGUUGUUGAUCAUGAUGCUGUGUUAAGAGCAAUGGCUCGUGCACUCGAAAGUACUGAAGAGGCUUAUAUGCAAAUGGUGGAAAAGGCUCUUGACAUCAACCCGGAGCUUGCUUUGAUGGGAUCAUGUGUUCUAGUGAUGUUAAUGAAGGAUGAGGAUGUAUAUGUCAUGAACCUUGGGGAUAGCCGUGUGAUUUUGGCACAAGAAAGACCAAAUGAUUGCCAUCCAAAUCCAAAAUUUGCAAAGGAUGAUUUAAAGUUUAGAAAUAGAUCUAGAGAGUUGCUAGUGCGUAUGGAGCUGGACAGAAUAUCAGAGGAGUCUCCUAUGCAUAACCAACAUGGUCCAGUUAGCUUACUGAACAAGAACAGGGACCUCUCUGUUUGCAGAUUGAAGAUGAAAGCGGUUCAGCUUUCCACUGACCACAGCACAAGUAUUGAAGAGGAAAUCUUAAGAAUAAAGGCAGAGCAUCCUGAUGAUGAGGAAGCCUUUUUAAAUGAUAGGGUGAAAGGGCAAUUGAAAGUCACUAGAGCAUUUGGUGCUGGUUUCCUGAAGAAGCCAGCUUGUAAUGAAGCUCUGCUAGAGAUGUUUCGGAUUGACUAUGUGGGAAACACUCCUUACCUUAGCUGCAUCCCCUCUGUUGUUCACCAUCGGCUCUCCUCUUGUGACCGAUUCUUGGUACUAUCAUCUGAUGGACUUUACCAGUAUUUCAGCAAUGAAGAGGUUGUUGCCCAUGUCACUUGGUUCAUUGAAAAUGUUCCUGAAGGUGAUCCUGCACAAUACCUUGUUACGGAGCUUCUACUCCGUGCUGCAAAAAAGAAUGGAAUGGAUUUUCACGAAUUGCUCGACAUACCCCAUGGAGAUCGGCGUAAGUAUCACGAUGAUGUUUCAGUUAUGGUUGUUUCAUUGGAGGGAAGAAUUUGGAGGUCUUCUGGAUAAUGUUUUUUUUUCCCUUCAUUUUUCUUUUUAUUGUCACCUUUUAACAAUUUCCUCAACAAUGAAAUAUUUUUCAAGCAAGGGUUGA